AUGGCUGAUGAAUCUGAUACAAAGAAAGUUCCUGUUACAAGUGAAAAGAAGAAAGACCCGAAGAGGGUAGAGGCUGGAAAGAGGCUAGCGAUUCUGAGUAAAGCUGCAAGGGAGAGGAAGAUGAAGGAGGUGGCUAAACCUAAGGAGUCGUCUAGUAAUGACAGUAUGAUUACCUACAUAGGAGUGGUUAUUGCAUUGAUAUCCCUAGUGCUAGCAUAUAAAACACAUCAGAGGGAAACUGGGGAACCAGAACCUGAGUACAUCCCUAAAACUGUAGAAGUAACUAAGAGGGCUGAUGAGUCCAAGUUAGAUUCACUUGAAUGA